UUGUAUGCUUUAUUUUUUUUUUAUCAAAGUUAAAUUUUUAAUAUGUCGUAGAAGAAUCUCGCUUUCCUCGCUCCGGUCUCGCCAUAGAAAAACUCUUUGAAUAGAGAUAAUCUGUUGUAAUUUAAUAACUUUUUUUUCUCCUUAUUCGUUUUUCUAUAUUCUAUAUUCUUUUCUCGCCCGAAAUCGAUCCGCAGAAUAUCAUGAACUCGAUGCCAGAGAGUGAAUCAAUUUUAUGCGAAGGAAAUCCGAGUUCAAAAAUCUCGGAAUUUUGUCACCAGACAGAUAAGAUAGCUUUUGAAUAUACCUUUCCUUCGAGGAGAUCCGAUAAAGAGAUACCUAUUGUCGCCUUGUGACUUCUGAGCUCAUACGCACAAAAAGUCUAAUCAGUGAUAUCCUCUUCACCUCGUGAAACGACCUUAUAUAUCGGAUGUCUCAUUGACGAAGAUGCGAGAUGCCAAAUACCUAUCUACGGAUCAUCAUUGCAUCACUCAGCGAGAAACGUGAUGUGUACAAAAGUCAACUCGUGAUUGGAAAGUUGUUAAUACAAAACAGCACGCUAUUAGUAAUUAGUAUAUAUCGUGUCUUUCAAGUGUGAUCGUUAGUUUAUCACCAGUAUAUUAUAUCAGAGAUAUUGGCCGCAUAAAUAGAAAUCAAUGCUUAAUAAACGCUUUCCAAUUGGAUUAUACUUUUAAAUCUUGCUUAAGGAAAAGUCCUGUCUCAGCAAAGACUUCCAACAGCUGCAAAAUAAACAUUCUGCUGAAUGAAGGCACGGCCUUGUCUUACAAUUAUAAGUGCUGAUAAAAGCCGGAAGCAAUCGUGUCUCGAAAUCGAGAAUCGUACAUCGUUCGACGAUCGUAAUUCCGUACCGAAAGAUUCUGAUAAUCGUACUCUAAUUCGUGCGCAUCUGUGAAAGCACAUUCGUCCUCUACUAGAAUAGAAUACAAUUGGCGACUCUUCGCCGAGCGUGGCUGGGAACGUAAUCUCACACUCUAUUUAGCCCGCGUGACAACGCGCACGUGUCUGCUGCCUGCUACUUCUGCGUGGCCGAUUGUUUGUACGAAGAGAGAAUUUCGAGUGGUGUGAGGAGCAAACAAUUGUCGCUGUAGAUCCGAAAUUAUUUCCAUGGUCGGGGAUGGCAAGAUCGUGCGUGUCUCAACGCGCGAAACAAUCGAGUUGUAUAUCCUGGCCUUUGCCUACGGUCUAUGCCUGGUAGUCCGACGGUUCCUCAAAUGGAUAUGGGAUCCUAAGAAGUUCUUCAUGUUGCGUCAGCGAGACCAGCCUCCGCCGUGUCUGGUCGACAACAGCCUCGCCAUGCAUUCCUACGUGAAAAUCAAGGGUGUUAAAUUCCAUUAUGUGGAAGCGGGAGACAAGAAUAAACCACUCGUGUUAUUAUUACAUGGAUUCCCGGACUGCUGGUUAUCUUGGAGAAAACAGAUCCCAUGUCUCGCAGAACACUAUAGAGUAGUGGCUAUAGAUUUAAAAGGAUUCGGUGAUAGCGACAAACCGCUCAACAAACGAUCUUACAAACUCGAAAUUUUAAUAAAUGAAUUGAAACAAUUCAUUUUGACUCUCGGUGUGAAGACGUGCAGCAUAAUCGGCCACGACCUAGGAGGACUUCUGGGAUGGUACAUGGUCGCUCUAAACAAAGAUCUUGUUUAUAAAUUUAUAGCCAUUUCGAGUCCACAUCCCAAUAUUUAUUGGAAUAGAGUAUCAAAAAAUUCUAUUUUAGACAAAAAAUGGCUACAUUUUAGCAGAUUACCAUUUUUGCCAGAAAUAGAUGCGCUUAAAGAGGACUUAUCUAUUAUCAAUGAAGUAUUUCGACAUCUUCAAAUAUCUCAAGAUGACAAAGAAAAAAGUUAUGUCGAGGCGUAUAAAUAUGUCUUCAGUAGGAAAGAGGAUUGGACAGGACCGAUUAAUUAUUAUCGCAACCUACCAUUCACAAGACUGAAUACAGAUAGCGGCGAACAGAUAGACAACAAAACGCUACUUCUAGUUGGAAAUAUGGAUCCUUUUGUAACAAUAGAAAGCAUUAUUCAAAGUGCCGAAUACGUAGAAGUAUCUAGGGUUAAAGUCAUACCACAGACGCAACAUUUUCCGCAUCAAGAAAAAUCGGAUGCCGUAAAUAAGGCAAUUAUUAAAUUUCUAAAAGGCACUACAUAUAAUUUGGCGCUUUCAAAAACGCCCGUAAAGAGUCUCGUGUCUUCCUGGCUAGGAUCUUUGAGUAACACCGUUAAAUAUGGUAAUCAAAUGAUUGACGUUGUGCACAAACGAACUAAUGACAUUGUAAAUGUGUUACCGAAUAAAGCACUUUAUUUGGGACAAACAAGUUAAAUGGUGUUACAUCAGCGUUACGUUAUUUAGAACUUUGUACUUCAUUACGACAAAUCUAUAUAUCCCAUCUACGCUAACACAGACUACGAAACUCAUAAAAGGCUGAUUUUGUCUUAUUUAUUACUUAUUUCUUAUGUAAGUAUAACAUUAAUAUAUAAAUGGGAAUUGCAAUUUUUGUGAAUGAUGAAAUCUUAUUGUAUAAAAAUAUCUAUCACAUUCACUUUUAUGAUAUAUCUCGAAUUUUUUAAAAUAUUUUAUAUAUACAUGCGGCAAGGUCUACAUAAGUAAUAUCUAAAGAAAUGAAUUUUUAUAAAUAACCAUUAUCUAGAAACAAGAACAUUAAUGGAGAGCAAUUUAAAAUCUGUGUAAUCUAAUAUUAUUUUUUAAUGUCUUCAAA